GUGGGCUAGGCAGGCAGGGCUGACUAUAAAUCCCCAGUGUUGGGCUGUGUCGCCGACUUGGCAUCCCCGGGACUGCAGGUGCCCAAGUUACAGUGCUGCUAUCUGAGAUAAAGGAGCAGAUACCCUUGUCGGUAGGGCAUUUGUUUCAGAUUUGUGCUUCUGGCUUCCCAUUUGACACCAUGCCUUCCGUCUCUGAGUCUGACGAGCUGAUUUUUUUUGUGAAUGGAAAAAAGGUCAUAGAAAAGAAUCCUGACCCUGAAAAGAAUCUACUGUUCUACACCAGGAAAGUUCUCCAUCUCACAGGCACUAAGUACAGCUGUGGAACAGGAGGCUGCGGGGCCUGCACUGUGAUGGUGUCGAGAUAUAAUCCAAAGACCAAGAAGAUCUACCACUACCCAGCAACAGCAUGCCUGGUGCCCAUCUGCUGGCUUCAUGGAGCAGCCAUUACCACAGUGGAAGGUGUGGGAAGCAUCAAAAAGAGGGUUCACCCAGUGCAGGAACGACUUGCCAAGUGUCACGGCACCCAGUGUGGCUUCUGCAGCCCUGGGAUGGUGAUGUCCAUCUACACACUGCUCAGGAACCACCCGGAGCCGACACCUGAUCAGAUCACGGAGGCUCUUGGAGGGAAUUUAUGCCGAUGCACUGGAUAUCGACCAAUUGUAGAAAGCGGGAAAACAUUCUCCCCGAAGUCUACUGUUUGCCAAAUGAAGGGAUCUGGGAAAUGCUGCAUGGAUCCAGAUGAGAAAUGUUUGAAGAGCAGAGAGGAAAAGAUGUGUACUAAACUGUACAAUGAAGAUGAGUUCCAGCCGUUUGACCCAUCGCAGGAACCUAUAUUUCCUCCUGAACUGAUUAGAAUGGCAGAAGAUCCAAACAAGAGGAGGUUGACAUUCCAAGGGAAGAGAACCACCUGGAUCAUCCCUGUGACAUUGAAUGACCUCCUGGAACUGAAAGCCAGCUACCCCGAAGCCCCACUCGUCAUGGGGAACACCACAUUGGGACCCGGUAUUAAAUUUAAUGAUGAAUUCUAUCCAGUUUUUAUAUUCCCACUUGGGGUUCCAGAACUAAAUUUUAUGGACACCACAAACAAUGGGGUAACAAUAGGAGCAGGAUACAGCCUGGCACAGUUUAAAGAUGCCUUGGAUUUUCUGGUAUCAGAACAACCAAAGGAGAAGACCAAAACCUUUCACGCCCUCCAGAAAAAUCUGAGGACACUUGCAGGGCCCCAGAUUAGGAAUAUGGCUACUGUAGGAGGACACGUUGCAAGCUGUCCUAAUUUUUCUGACCUCAACCCUAUUUUGGCAGCUGGAAAUGCUAUCAUCAAUGUGGUAUCUAGAGAAGGAAAAGAUCGGCAGCUCCCUUUAAAUGGCCCUUUCCUUGAGAAGUUGCCUGAGGCUAACUUGAAACCAGAAGAGGUUAUCUUGUCCAUUUCCAUUCCUUACACUGCUCAGUGGCAGUUUGUGUCAGGACUCCGGUUGGCACAGCGUCAGGAAAAUGCCUUUGCUAUUGUCAAUGCUGGUAUGAGCGUGGAGUUUGAGGAAGGUACAAACACGAUCAAGGAUCUUAAGAUGUUCUUUGGAAGUGUUGCCCCCACUGUGGUCUCUGCAAGUCAAACCUGCAAGCAGCUCAUUGGGAGGCAAUGGGACGACCAAAUGCUGAGUGACGCAUGCCAGCUGGUCCUGCAGGAGAUCCGCAUCCCACCAGAUGCUGAGGGAGGCAUGGUGGAGUACCGACGCACCCUCAUCAUCAGCUUGCUCUUCAAAUUCUACCUCAAAGUGCAGCGAUGGCUGAAUGAAAUGGAUCCUCAGAAGUUUCCUGACAUCCCAGGAAAGUUUGUGAGUGCCCUAGAUGACUUCCCCAUAGAAACACCCCAAGGAAUCCAGAUGUUCCAGUGUGUGGAUCCCAAACAACCCCAGAAAGAUCCAGUUGGGCACCCAAUCAUGCACCAGUCGGGUAUUAAACAUGCCACAGGGGAAGCUAUAUUUAUUGAUGACAUGCCUCCCAUUGACCAAGAACUCUGCCUUGCCGUUGUCACGAGUACCAGGGCCCAUGCAAAGAUCAUAUCACUUGAUGUAUCAGAAGCCCUGGCAUGUCCGGGUGUGGUUGACGUGAUCACAGCUGAGGAUGUCCCAGGAGAAAAUGACCACAAUGGAGAGAUUCUUUAUGCACAGAGUGAGGUCAUUUGCGUGGGUCAGAUCAUCUGCACCGUGGCUGCUGAUACCUACAUCCAUGCAAAAGAAGCAGCUAAACGAGUGAAGAUUGCUUAUGAUGACAUAGAGCCAACCAUUAUCACCAUAGAGGAAGCCCUAGAACACAAUUCUUUCCUUUCUCCUGAGAAAAAAAUUGAACAAGGAAAUGUAGACUAUGCCUUCAAACAUGUGGAUCAAAUCAUUGAAGGUGAGAUCCACGUGGAAGGACAGGAACACUUUUACAUGGAAACGCAAACCAUCCUGGCUAUCCCACAAACUGAAGACAAAGAAAUGGUGUUACACUUGGGGACACAGUUUCCAACCCACGUGCAGGAAUUUGUGUCUGCAGCAUUAAAUGUCCCAAGGAGCAGGAUCGCCUGCCACAUGAAAAGAGCUGGAGGAGCAUUUGGGGGCAAAGUGUCCAAGCCUGCUUUACUGGGAGCUGUCUGUGCUGUGGCUGCCAACAAGACUGGCCGCCCAAUCCGCUUCAUCCUAGAACGAAGUGAUGACAUGCUGAUAACAGCUGGCCGCCACCCACUCCUGGGAAAAUACAAAAUUGGGUUCAUGAAUAAUGGAGAGAUCAGAGCUGCUGACGUUGAAUAUUACACUAAUGGAGGAUGCACCCCCGACGAAUCUGAGCUGGUGAUAGAAUUUGUCGUGCUGAAAUCUGAAAAUACAUAUCAUAUUCCGAAUUUCCGGUGCCGGGGCAGGGCUUGUAAAACAAACUUGCCAUCUAACACGGCUUUCCGAGGAUUUGGCUUCCCUCAGGCUACGGUGGUCGUCGAAGCAUACAUAGCUGCGGUAGCAUCUAAGUGUAACUUACUCCCUGAAGAGGUUAGAGAAAUAAACAUGUAUAAGCAAACUAGCAAGACAGCCUAUAAGCAGACGUUUAAUCCAGAGCCCUUGCGGAGAUGCUGGAAGGAGUGUCUGGAGAAGUCGUCAUUCUUUGCCAGGAAGAAGGCUGCAGAGGAAUUUAACAGAAACAACUAUUGGAAGAAGAGGGGGCUUGCUGUCGUCCCCAUGAAGUUCAGCGUUGCGGUCCCCAUAGCCUUCUACAAUCAGGCUGCUGCUCUGGUCCACAUCUUCUUAGACGGCUCUGUCCUGCUGACCCACGGUGGCUGCGAGCUGGGACAAGGUCUACACACUAAGAUGAUUCAGGUAGCCAGUAGAGAACUCAACGUCCCCAAGUCGUACGUGCACUUUUCUGAAACCAGCACUACCACAGUGCCCAACUCCGUCUUCACCGCGGGUUCCAUGGGAGCAGAUAUCAAUGGGAAGGCUGUGCAGAAUGCCUGCCAGAUUCUUAUGGACCGUCUUCGGCCCAUCAUCAGAAAAAACCCUAAAGGAAAAUGGGAGGAGUGGAUUAAAAUGGCCUUUGAAGAAUCCAUCAGUCUCUCAGCCACUGGAUAUUUCAAAGGCUACCAGACAAACAUGGACUGGAAGAAGGAGGAAGGUGAUCCCUACCCGUACUAUGUCUAUGGCGCAGCCUGCUCUGAGGUUGAAGUGGACUGUCUGACUGGGGCUCACAAGCUCCUGAGGACCGACAUCUUCAUGGAUGCUGCCUUCAGCAUUAACCCUGCCCUGGAUAUCGGGCAGGUUGAGGGAGCCUUUAUCCAAGGCAUGGGAUUCUACACCACAGAGGAGUUGAAAUACUCCCCAAAAGGUGUGCUCUAUUCUCGGGGCCCGGAAGACUACAAAAUCCCCACCGUCACUGAGAUACCAGAGGAGUUCUACGUCACUCUGGUGCGCUCUCGAAAUCCCAUAGCCAUCUACUCAUCGAAGGGAUUGGGUGAGGCUGGGAUGUUCCUGGGGUCCUCAGUUUUAUUUGCCAUAUAUGAUGCUGUGACCACUGCCCGCAAGGAGAGAGGGCUGAGCGACAUCUUCCCCUUGAAUAGCCCAGCAACACCUGAAGUGAUUCGCAUGGCUUGCACAGAUCAGUUUACUGAGAUGAUUCCCAGAGAUGACCCUUCAACAUUCACACCUUGGUCCAUCCACGUGUCUUAAUCUUGUGACUUUAAGAAAAAAGAAAAGCCAUGCAGCUGAUUCAAACUAGCCCCAAACCAGAGCAGCAUAUGGGUUGACUAGAAUUUAUCAAACAUGAUUUUACUGUUUUUUUAGUUAUUCUCUGUGAUUAGGUUAUUGCAUGAUUACAUGUUAAGAUACAGAUUUCUACAAAAUUGUGUAGCAAAACUUAGAAUUGGAAAUUCUGAUUUAGUUUUCAUUGUCCUGAAAGUAUGCAUCAUGGUGAGUUUUUAAACCUAGCUAACUAAGCUGGGACAGCUCAGGAGGGCCUCCUUGUGUUUUGUUUCAAACAGCUAUGUUUGAAACCCAACAGAACUGUCUAUUCCAAAACUCUCUCUAGACUGGAGUCUCCCAAAACCAGCACACCUGGAAAACCCACUUUCCAGUGCUUGCCACUUCCUGUGGUACAAACGCUAUCAUAAGAACAAGCAGUACGUGCUCAGGGAACCUGGACGUAGAGCUGGAGACAGGUUCGAAUACAGCUUGUCUCCAAAGGUGUGUGCUGGAAGCCUGGCUCCCAGGGUGGUACAGUUGAAACUGUAAGAGGUGGAGCCUAUUGAGAGGUCAUUGGUAAGGGAUCAAUGGUGACAGGAAGGAAUGGACUAGUUCCCCAAAGCCUGGCCCCUCCUCAUCUCUCUGCCAGUGUGAGCCAUUGCAUUUCUAGUGUGUGAUGCCAUCUACUGGGACAGAAAGGAGGUCCUCACCAGAUGGGCAGUCUUGUGACCUUGCCUCUAAACUAUGAGCCAAAAUAAACCUCUUUUCUUCACAAA